CUCUUCUUCAGAUAGAGCUGAGGGCAGCAAUUCAACAGUUCUAAUAUCAUCACCUUCACCGUCAUCAUCCACGUCCACAACCGUGAAUCAGACAACAGAAGAUACAACCAUCACCACUAUCCAAACAGAGAGGACCUCUGACACCAAUCAAACCAGCAUCACAACCAGCAGCACAGGUUCUACCACCAGUUUCAGCACCAUGGACUCACAAACAACCAGCUCCAACAUCAUCUCUACCACUGAAACUGGUUCUCCAACCAGCAACACACUCUCACAAACAACUGACUCAAAUGGUACCACUGACUCAACUGGUACCACUGACUCAACUGGUACCACUGACUCAAUUGGUACCACUGACUCGACUGGUACCACUGACUUGACUGGUACCACUGACUCAACUGGUACCACUAGUGACAUCUCUACCACUGCGACUAGUGCUCCAACUAGCAGCACAACCCCACAAAUAACUGACUCGACUGGUACCACUGACUCAACUGGUACCACUGACUCAGCUGGUACCACCAACAUUAUCUCUCCCACCACAACCAGCAGUACCACUCUGGACCAGGACAGUCUGAAGCCCAAGCCUCUCAGUACAGGUAAGCAGCACUAAGUACUAAGGGUGCAACGAUACAGAAAAUUCACGGUUCGUUUCGGUUCGAUACUUUAGUCUCAC